CCACAGUCGUCGCUGCCCUGCCGACAGCGGUGACGGUGCGCGCGCGAUGCGGCGCGCUGCGCGUGGCGGCUGCGCCGCCGCCGCCGCUGUGCGGCGCGGCGCGGCUCGCCGAUCGCUGUGCGGCGCGGCCACUGCCGCGGCGGGCCCACAGGCGGAGGAGCUGGCUUCGGUGGCAAUAGAGAUCCCGACCGAACGCGUGCGCAACUUUUGCAUAAUCUCGCACGUCGACCACGGUAAGUCGACGCUAGCCGACCGCAUGCUCGAGAUGACGGGCGCCGCGCGUCCGGGCGAGCGAGAGGCGCAGUCGCUCGACUCGCUGGCGGUCGAGCGGAGCCGCGGCAUCACGAUCAAGGCGCAGACCGUCUCGCUGCUGCACGAGGACGAGGAGGGAGAGCGCUGGCUGCUCAACCUCAUCGACACGCCCGGCCACGUCGACUUCUCGUACGAGGUCUCGCGCUCGCUCGCCGCCUGCCAGGGCGCGCUGCUGCUCGUCGACUCGACCAAGGGCGUGCAGGCGCAGACGGUGGCCAACUUUUGGCUCGCGUUUGAGCAGUCGAUCGAGAUUGUGCCGGUGAUCAACAAGGUCGACCUGCCCCACGCCAACGUCGAGGGCACGAGGGCGCAGAUGCGCGCCGUCUUUGACGAGAAGGACGCGCUGCCAAUCUCGGCGAAGACAGGGCAGGGGUGCGGCGCCCUCUUCCCCGCGCUGCUGCGGAGCGUGCCUCCGCCGCCCGGCCGGCGCGACGCGCCGCUCCGUCUCCUGCUCUUCGACUCGUGGUACGACGACUACCGCGGCGUGCUCUGCCUGGUGCAGGUGCUCGACGGCACGCUCGCCCUCGGGUCGCAGAUCGUCUCUGCCGCGUCGGCAAAGACGUACGCCGUCCAGCAGAUCGAGCUGAUGCGGCCGGCUGGGCCGGUGCCGCUGCCUGCCCUCGCGGCGGGGCAGGUUGCGUGCGUCGCUCUCGGUAUGAAGCACAUCCAGGAGGCGAGCGUGGGAGACACCUUCUCCGACCCCGCCGCGCCGCAGCCCGCGCUGCCGGGCUUCCAGAAGCCGCAGCCGAUGGUCUUCGCCGGGAUGUACCCCCUCGAGGGCGAGGGCUUCGACGCGCUGCAGCACGCCAUGUCGCGAUUCCUCCUCAAGGACGGCUCUGUCACCGUCGAGCCGGAGAGCUCGCCCACGCUCGGGCAGGGCCUGCGCUGCGGCUUCCUCGGGCUGCUCCACCUCGAGGUGGUCCAGCAGCGGCUGCAGCAGGAGCACGACAUGGAGGUGCUUCUCACCUCUCCGACGGUGCCGCUGCGCGCGACGCUCAAGGACGGCUCGCAGCUCGAGGUCCGCUCGCCCGAGGCGCUCGCGCAGCUCAAGCUCGAGGACGCGCUCGUCAGCCUCAACGAGCCCCUCGUCAAGGUCACGAUCCUCUCUCCGUCCGAGUACGUCGGCGGGCUCAUCACGCUCUGCGAGGAGAGCGGCGGCCAGCUCCUCUCCCAGUCCUUCCUCUCGGCGGAGCACGCGAUGCUGCAGUACUCGCUCCCUCUGGCCGAGAUCGCCACCGAGUUCCAUGACCGGCUCAAGACGCUCUCGUCUGGCUACGCCUCGUUCGACUACGAGCCGCACGGCGAGCAGCCCGCCGACGUGGUCCCGCUCGGGCUGCACGUCAACAAGCGUCCCGUCGGCGCGCUCACGCGCAUCGUGCGCUCCUCCAAGGCGACCGACUUUGGGCGCGCGAUGGUGCAGACGCUCAAGGAGGAGAUGGACCGCACGGUGCACGACAUCGUCAUCCAGGCCACCGUCGGGUCGCGGGUGGUUGCGCGGGAGACAGUGCGCGCGGUGCGCAAGAAUGUGCUCGCAAAGUGCUACGGCGGCGACAUCUCGCGCAAGAAGAAGCUGCUCGAGAAGCAAAAGGCGGGCAAGAAGCGCGCCUCUCUCCACGUCGGCGACGUGGCCAUCCCGCACGAGGCCUUUGUCAAGGUGCUCGCGCCGAGCAGUAGAAAGAAGAAGAGGUGACAGGUAUACAGGUACGGUCUACGCACUACGGACCGAUUUUACGUGUGUGAUGCAUAUUUUACACUCUUAGAAAGAAUUCAA